AUGUCACGAAACAAUAAGAAAAAAUCUAAAGCACCUGAAACAUCACAAUUUUUUCAUGAAAGAGAGGAGUUGUCAAGUUCUUUGACAUCAGAAAAUAUUACUGAUUCAACUGUAUCAAAUGAGACAAACUCUGGGGGGCGAAAUUUAUCUCCUGUUUGGAAAUAUUUUAGUCGAGAAAAGACAAACUCAUAUGGACAUUUUUCAGCAAAAUGUGAUCUCUGUCCAGCUAAGUGGGCAAGGGGUGAACCGGCAAAACUUGAAGCCCAUCUUGCAUUGGAAUGUCCUAAUGUAGAAGAUGAGGUUCAGCAAUUGUACUUACGUCGUAUAGCCUGUCGUGAUGAUUUAGAAGACUUACAGUUAGAAAACCCAGCCAAUUUAAAAAAACGGAAGUUAAGCAAUAAGCAACCUAAUCUUAAAAGAUAUUUUCCACAAAAAGCAGAUGAAAAUUUAUCCGAAGAGCGAAUAAAAUCUAUAAACAGCUCAUUACUCAAAGCAUUUGUAGUUUGUGGUAUUUCAUUCUCCACAAUUGAAAAUCCAUUCUUUAUCGAUUUUCUUUAUAAUUUAUGUCCGAAUUAUCACCCACCUUCAAGAGAAGUUUUAUCAGGUCGAUUAUUGGAUCAGGAAUAUUCUAGAGUUACAAUUAAACAUGAAAUUUUAGUUAAGAUCUUAUCUCCUAUUCGAACUGCAAUUACUAAUUUGGAAGCACAAUCAACAACUCUUGCAGACUGUUUUUUACAAUUUAUUCAACUAGCAGCUGCUAUUAAAAAAAUUUCAAACUUACGUGUUAGAAGAUUUAAAAAUUAUUGUAUACAAAGUUUUAAUAAGAGAUGGAGAGGUUUUGACAGAGAUACUUACUUGCUAGCAUAUUUUCUUCAUCCAGGCUACCGUGAGACUGAAUACAAUAAUUUAGAAAUUGUUAAACGGUUUGAUAUUGAAAACAUUGUAUGUUUAAGAGAUGAAAUAUUUCAAGAUAAUGAAUUUGAUACAGAUAGUGAAGAAUCACCAGAUGGUAGUACUAAUAAUUCUGAUAAUUCUGAUAAUGAGUCUGUGGUUAGUAAUAAAACAGGACAAGGUGUAUUUGAUUUUGAUCCUAUGAAUCUAGCAACAGACUUAAUGCAAGAAUGGAGUUAUGAAAAUGAUAAUAAUAGCUUAGAUAGAGCAGAUAAUUGUGCUAAUAACAAUCCAAAUGCUAUAGAUAAAGAAGAUGUCAAUGAAAAUUCAAGCACUGUAGACAAUGAUAAUGAAAAUUCAGAAUCUCUGCCUAUAGCACUUCGAAAAACUUGUCGUAAUAAUAAGCAAAAUUAG